AUGGCGCCUUUUGUAUCUGAAGGGCUUCCCCCCCUAUACAGCAAUAUCAAGGUCCAUGCGCUCGAUGGAACGAAGACCAUGUGCUCCACUGUGGAUUUGGACCCAAAUGGCUUGGAAAGUGGCGUCGAUUGGGACGAAUAUGGCAAGACGGAUGUUGCUCAAUUCAUCACGAAUGGAUCUGGAUCAAUGAUUAUGGAUAUCCAAGCAGUACUCCGUACUUCCCCGACCAAAAACCCCGAAUAUUGA